UGACGUAAGCAUAGUAGCCAGUGCCAGCUGUUUUAAAUUAAAAAGGUAUUUACUAAUAACAAAACAAGAUAAACAAUUCUGCAAGAAACAAGAAAUAUGUUUUUAAUUACUACAUUUUAAGAAAAUAAUAUAAGUCUUUAUAGCCUAUGUGUUAAUCCACCAGUAACAUGUUUGAGUUUAGUUAAAAAAUAUUAAUUCACCUAAUUGACAGAAAUUGCCAAAGAUCAACAUCAUUGAUAAGCUCACAGAGCUUAAAAAAACAAAAUUUUAAAUUAAAAUGGUGCGAAUACGGUGGUUUACGAGGACUUCCAGAAUUGUCGCAUUAUGUAGUGCUGCAAAUUUCAUUAACAGUGCUGAUAGAGUCAUUAUGCCAAUAGCUAUUGUACCCAUGACAAAAGUUUUUGGAUGGAGUCUACACUUGCAAGGAUGGAUACUUUCUGCAUUUGCUUUGGGAUAUUUUACAAGUCAGUUAAUAGGAAGUUUUUGGGCGUCCAGACUAGGAGCCAAAAAUGUUCUUAUCUUCAGUGUCAUGAUGUGGAGUAUAGCUACUUUUAUUACACCAUUUUUAGCUAGUAGUGUGGCUGCAUUAAUAGUAUGUAGGAUAAUUUUAGGAUUCGCAGAAGGUCUAGGUCUACCUACUAUAUUUCACCUCUUUGCUCACAGUAUACCUGUCGAAGAGCGCUCUAGAGCAUUCUCCUAUCUACUUGCGUCAGGUUCAGUGGGUCAAACAGUGGCGUCUAUACUGUGCCCUCAUCUAAACUGGGACUCAUGUUUCUUCUGGUUUGGCUUUUUUGGAUUUAUAUGGGUUAUUAUAUGGUACUGUAGCUAUCCCAGAGAAGCAUUCGAGGACACCAUUCCUUUAGUUAUGCCAAAGAUUAUCUCCCACAAUAUUCGGUGGGCAGACUUUAUUUUAAGUAAACCUUUAUGGGCCAUUUAUUGUGCACAUUUUGCUAUGAAUUGGUCCUCUUAUAUAAUCAUGAACUGGUUGCCAACUUAUAUGCAUACCUUUUUGGGAGCAAACUCUCAUAGUUUAAGCUUAACAGCAGUUCCGUACAUUGUCAAUUCAAUGUUUGGAAUUGUAUCAGGUCAUGUUGCAGAUGGUCUUUUAAUGAAGAGCUGGAGCGUACUUAACGUACGAAGGCUUAUGACCUGUAUCGGGCUAAUAGGUCCCGCCCUAUUUAUGGCUAUAUUCGGUGUAGUGGAACAUCUCGCCUUUGCCCUGAUACUUGUAAGUAUUUCCAUGGGUUUGAGUGCCUGCAACUCAGCUGGUCAUUUAAGCAACCAUGUAGAUGUGGCGCCGAAUCACGCAGGAACUACUUUUGCUAUUAGUAAUACUAUUGCCACCAUACCUGGGAUACUUUGUGGUCAUGUGACUGCUAGUGUAGUGACAAUGUCAGACGGGAGAUGGCUUGGCGUAUUUUUGGGCGCUACUUUCGUUAAUUUAACAGGAGCUUUUAUUUAUUUCACCAAUAGCGUUGCAACGCAAAUUUUGUAAAUAUAUAAUUUUUGUUUUGUGUAUAAAUUUGCUUCUUUAUUAUCUCGCGGGUAUAUAGUAGGAUUCUGUAUUUUGUAUAAUUUAGAAAUCAGUGGCAUGCAAUCCAGAGAAAGAGCGAGAUAUUAUUUACCACAUUUCAUUAUAUAAUAUUAAAAAUUUUGAAAAAUAAUCUGAUCUGUUCUGUACUUACCACAUUUGGUGCAAGAACAUUUUUUGUUUGAAAAGAAAACUACCAAAUUGAACUACAUAUUUUGAACUUUUAUGUCAAUAAACAAAUUUUAAAUAAAAAUUAUUUAAAAAAGAA